AUGCGUACUACAUUCAUCAUUUCGGCAUUCCUCGCCUCCCUCGGCACUGUGAGCGCUAUCAAAUGCGCCGGUGCUGGAUCGGUCUCCGGCCACUCUAGACUUUUUACCAAUAGCAGUGGAGGUGCUGGCAAUAACUAUGUGAGAGUCUGUGACUGUCCUGGUGGCACGAAGGAGGAAGAAUUCAAAGUGUCGGACGACGCUACCAUCGACAUUUGUGUCCAGGCUUAG